AUGAUAAGAAGAUUAUUCUUACCCUAUUUUUCAAAGGAUAAAGGGCCCCCAAGAAUUCGAUGUCAAGUUAAUGGGGUAAAAAGAAAACGUUUUUUUAAAAUUGUUGUAGCAAAUCAAAAAGAUAAAAAAAAUGGGAAACACAUAGAAGUAUUAGGUACAUAUGUAAAUAAAAAUAAUAUUAGAGAAAAGUUAAAUAGAUAUAAUAUUACUAAUCCAAGUAAUGAUUGUUAUUAUAAUAAUGUAGAAAACAUUAAAGAAAUUCGAUUACGAUUUAAUCGAGUCAAAUUUUGGCUAGCUACCAAUUGUAACUUUAGUGAUCAUAUGAAAUAUGUAUUAAGUUUAUGCAAAAUUAUACCUCAAUAUCCAAUAAAAUAUAGUAGAAGAUGUUCAGAUAAAUAUUAUCAUAAAUACAAUGAAAUUAUAAAUAAACACAAACUUAUACAAGCAGAUAAAAUUAAUAAUUUCUUAAAAACUGAUUUAAAUAUUCAAUAUCAAAAUGAUUUUCAAACUUCAAAAAAUGAACCAAAUAAUCAAGACGAAUAUAUAUAUACACCGGAAGAACUUACAUAUCUUAAAAAAUUAUCAAAAAAUAGAAUACUUGAAUUGGAACAUACGGAUAAAAUUAGAAAAAUUAUUAGAUGA